GAUAUCAUUUCAUGUAGUUCAUGUAAUCUCCUACCAUAUACACCAAGUACGAGCCACUAAAAGCUGACUAGUAUCUUGCAAGCUUUCAGUACUAGUGUGAACAUUUUUUUUUUUUUGCAUUUAGUUUAUCAGUUACAAAAAAAAAAAAAAUUAUUUUCCCUUUUAUCCAAAACAUGGAGGAUAGUAAUGAUUUUAUUAAAAUUGUGGAAGCCACAAAAAAUGAAAAGCCAAUGAAAUUUUUCAUUAAACUAAUUCCAAAAGAUAGAUUUGUGGAUGCUGUGAAUCAUAUGUGUACUUUUUUUCUAGCCGAUGAACCUUUAUGUAAAAGUGAAAAUGUGAAAAAUGAUCCACAAGCAAUGGAGGAAUUUAGAACAUUAUUUAAAACUGCAUUAGGGGAUAAUUUAAGUGUUGCGGCAUUUGUUGAAAAUCCUCAAGGCGGAAAGCCUAUAAUAGCAGCCCUUAAUAUUCUUUAUUUGGGUGGAAAGGAACAGAAAAUCGAUUUUAGUCAAUAUAUUAGUAAAUCUGAUAAGGUACGAAAAGUAAUGCAAGUUAUGGAAGCAUCAUCAGCAGACGUGAAUCUUGAAAAAUUAUAUGGUUACGAUAAAUAUAUAGGAGGCUUUGGUCUAAGUGUAGAUCCUGUUUUUCGAGGAAAUGCAAUUGGAUAUCAUCUUCUUAUGGCACGAAAUGAAGUUGGUAAAAAAUAUAAAAUUCCAUUAACAAUGACCGUUUUUACAUCGCCAAUAUCAGCAAAAUUAGCCAGUAGAGCCGGAUUUGAAGUAUUAUCUGAAAAAUUGCGUGACGAACUUGUUGACGAGAAUGGAAAAUUAUUAGUCCCUACAUGCACGACUGAAUGUUUUAAAUGUAUGGGAAAGAAACUGAAUUAAAUUUUAUUUACAAA